CUCCAUUUCAAACCAGAGGAAGAAAAUAAAAUAAAACACACACACACACAAAUUAAACACCAAAGCAAAGCAAGAGAGAGAUGGGAAAAUGGGCAAUUGCUUUGCAUGGAGGCGCUGGCGUGGACCCUAACCUGCCCCUGCACAGACAGGAAGAGGCUAAACAACUCCUUGCUCGCUGCCUUAAUCUCGGCAUCUCUGCUCUUCGCUCUAAUCUCCCUGCCAUUGAUGUCGUUGAGCUCGUUGUGAGAGAGCUAGAAAGUGAUCCUUUAUUCAAUUCAGGGCGUGGAUCAGCACUAACGGAGAAAGGAACGGUGGAAAUGGAAGCCAGUAUCAUGGAUGGGCCCAAGAGAAGAUGCGGCGCCGUAUCGGGUUUAACCACGGUUAAAAACCCUAUUUCUCUCGCCAGACUUGUCAUGGACAAAUCUCCCCAUUCCUACCUUGCCUUUUCUGGCGCAGAAGAUUUCGCCAAGCAACAGGGCGUUGAGUUGGUGGACAAUGAAUAUUUUAUUACCCAAGAAAAUAUCGGAACUUUGAAAUUAGCUAAGGAAGCAAACUCCAUAUUGUUUGAUUAUAGGAUUCCUUUAGAGACCUGCAGCGCUGAGGCAGCCGCCGCAAUGGAAAAUCCCCUGCAAAUGAACGGCCUGCCGAUCAGCAUCUAUGCGCCGGAGACUGUAGGCUGCGUGGUGGUGGACAGCCAGGGUAGAUGCGCAGCUGCCACAUCAACAGGUGGACUCAUGAACAAAAUGACGGGUCGUAUUGGCGACUCGCCCCUGAUUGGGGCCGGUACCUACGCGUGUGAUCUUUGCGGAGUUUCAUGCACAGGGGAAGGCGAGGCCAUAAUCCGAGGGACGCUAGCGCGUGAUGUGGCGGCUGUGAUGGAAUAUAAAGGGUUGGGAUUGCAAGAGGCUGUAGAUUUUGUGAUAAAUGAAAGGCUGGAUGAAGGGUAUGCUGGGCUCAUAGCUGUUUCUAAAGAUGGAGAGGUGGCUUGCAAGUUCAAUUGUAAUGGUAUGUUUAGAGGAUGUGCUACUGAAGAUGGGUAUAUGGAAGUUGGCAUUUGGGAUUAAGUCUCUCUUCACUUUCCUUGCUUUGGUGUUGCCAGUUGUGUGUAAUAUGUGACCACUCUCCUCAAUUUAGUGAAAUUUAAAUAAAAUUUAGAUUGUAGUGAUUUAGAAAACAAUAAUUGUUUAACUCUAUAAAUCUUUA